GGGAACAAGACCAGACUCUGAACUGAAAGCUCAGCAUCCUCUGGUAGCUUGUGAACCUUGAUGAUGGACGCUGGCAUGGACCUGCUCCAUAGCUCUGGGGUGGAACUGGUGCAGUAUCUACAGCUGAACUACAGGGACUCCCAGAGCUGGUUCACCUUUAUCUCCAUCGCCGCUGACCUGAGAAACACUUUCUUUGUUUUCUUCCCCAUCUGGUUCCACCUGUGUGAGGCGGUGGGGGUCAAACUCAUCUGGGUGGCCGUCAUCGGGGACUGGCUCAACCUCAUCUUUAAAUGGUUUUUAUUUGGACAUAGACCUUACUGGUGGGUCCACGAGAACAAGCUCUAUGCUAACUCCUCUCUUCCCACAUUGCAGCAGUUUCCCUUAACCUGUGAAACUGGUCCAGGAAGUCCAUCAGGUCAUGCGAUGGGUUCAGCCGGUGUCUGGUACGUGAUGGUGUCUGCAUUCCUGACCUUUGGACUACAAAAAAAGCGAAGUGGCUUCCAAAAAUGGUGUCUCCACAUUGUGCUGUGGACGGUGUUCUGCAUGAUCCAGGUGUGUGUUUGCACGUCCCGGGUGUUUCUGGCUGCUCAUUUCCCACACCAGGUUUUUACCGGAGUUCUUUCAGGAAUGGUUGUGGCGGAGGUGUUUGGCCGGAUUAAUGCGAUCUACAACGCAAGCUUCAAGAGGUAUCUGCAGAUCACCCUCUUCCUCUUCUCCUUCGCUCUGGGCUUCUACCUGCUGUUGAAAGCUCUGGGCAUCGACCUGCUGUGGUCGCUGGAGAAAGCCCAGAGAUGGUGCGCCCGGGCUGAGUGGGUCCACAUUAACACCAACCCCUUUGCCGGGCUGGUGAGGAACAUGGGAGCCUUGUUCGGACUGGGGUUAGCUCUGAACUCACCUAUUUAUGCAGAGAGCUGCAAAGGGAAGAGAGGCCAGCAGCUCAGCUUCAGAAUAAGUUGCAUUGUGGCCUCCUUGAUCGUCCUGCACCUGUUCGACUCGGUAAAGCCCCCGACGCAGAGGGAAUUCCUGUUUUAUUUCCUGUCCUUCUGUAAAAGUGCUGCCGUGCCUCUGGCAGCUGCUGUUUUAGUUCCAUUCUGUGUGUCACAGCUUGUGAACAGACAGGACAAGAAGGAACUAUAACGUCCCAACCUAAAUCACCUUGUGGACUUUUUUGUGUACCUUCGAUCUUCCAGCAUCUGCAGUUCCUUCUUGAUCACCUUGUGGACUGCAUUGCACUGUUUGAUGUUUAAUAUACUGUAAAACAUGAGCGACUGGAAGUGUGCUCUGUUCUGUAGCAUCUGGAAAGAGAAGAGCAAAUGAGAUGAGAGAAAAAGGAAGACAAGGGGACAGGAUGUCACCCUGAGAGAGAGGAAGCAGACGAAUAGAUGAGGAGUACGUCUGUCAGAGAUAUAAAGACAAAGCUUUACAGCACCAUAGACCCGGCUUCAAGCCUGACUGCGGGUGCUGUCUGUACGGAGUUUAACGUUCUUCCUGUGACCGUGUGGGUUUUAUCGGGGUGCUCCAGUUGCCUCCCACAUUCCAAAGACGUACAUGUUUGUAGGUUAGUCUCUGUAAAUUACCCCUAGUGAGUAGGGUAGAACUAGUGUAUGGAGAGUGAUCGCCGGUCGGUGUGGAUUUGAUGGGCCGAAGGGCCUGUUUCCAUGCUGUAUAUCUAAACUAAUGUCCAAGAAAGCUAGUAUGUGUAGAAAGGAAAUGCAGAUGCAGGUUUACACCGAAGAUAGACACAAACUGCUGGAAUAACUCAGCGGGACAGGCAGCAUCUCUGGAUAGAAGGAAUGGGUGACAUAUCGGGUCGAGACCUGAAAGACCAGACUUCAGUCUGAAGAAGGGUAUCGAACUGAAACGUCACCCAUUCUUUCUAUUGAGUGAUGCUGCCUGUCCCGCUGAGCUACUCCAGCAUUUUGAGACUAUCUAGGGAAGCUGGAGUGGCAGACAGAUAGAGAUAUGGUGAGAGACAGUCGGAAACAGCAGUGCAGAGAGGGGGGGGCAGGCAGAAAGAGUGCAAGAGACUGCUAGUGUGAAAACCCAGAGACGUAGAGGUAAGGAUCAUUGGGGAAGUAGACAGCAUGAAACAGAGAGGGUUUCACCCCACCACAAUGCUACUGCACCAACUCACUUUCUAGAUGCUUCUGAACGUUCGAGCUGUGGAGUUUCAUCUCCUCUGUUCCUUCCGCUUUUACUUAAGAUAUUUAAGCAUCUGCUUUUUAUUUACUGGCUCCAAAAUGUUAUUUUGCAUUGUAUUUUUUCUUAUGCAAUAUUUUUUGUAAAUACGCAGAGCUCAUUGUUGAACGACAUGAAGGGUAAUAGUCUAAUAAAUUUGAGUUUCUUAACAUUGUGAAACAAGUACCUGGUCUAACUUGCUGCAGCUUAUAGUCUUGUCAGCUCUGCAUUGCAUUGUAAGCCAGCUACACUCUUUCCUCUUAAACUCAUAACUUAAAGAGCUGAGCAGAGGUAUUUUUUACCAAAGGUAUGGUAACACAGCUGCUUGUGAUCUCUCAGGGAAAUUGGCUUCAUUUGACCAAGGCCUCAGAAAUGACAUUAGUUUCUAACUGUACACAGACUCAUAAGAAAAGCUGCAACAGCCCACUGGUCUGGAGUUGAGCUAAAGACUAGAAAAUUGUACUGGUGAACUAAAUUAAAAACAGGUCACUUUCUACAUACAAUCAACCAAAUGGAUUGAGUACAGUUUGUUACCAGUUAUCAACAAAGUCAAUUGGGUCCAGGCCAUCUACCAUGUAACGUCUGUAAGAAAUGUUUCUUGAAGCUGUACAUGAAUGUUUUUGAUGCAUCUCUUUGUAUUGCACUGUACUUUCAUUCAGGUUGUCCAUUGCAAAGUCUCUGGCCAUGAACAAGGAGGGUUUUAGAGUCCAGAGCUCACUGUGGAUUAUUUCAAUGUUAUUCAAUGAUUGGACACAAAAUGCAGGAGUAACUCGGCAGGUCAGGCAGCAUCUCUGGAGUAAAAUGGACAAGUGACGUUUUGAAUGUGAAGAAAGGUCCCGACCUGAAACAUCACCGAUCCAUGUCCUUCACAGAUGGUGCCUGACCCGCUGAGUUACUUCAGCACUUUGUGUCCUUUUGUGUAAACCAGUGCCUGCAGUUGCUUGUCUCAACCUUUAUUUUGUGAGCUGUUGUUGAGACAGUGGCGUUCUAACACGAAGUCAAUGUUGUCUUUAAUUACAUCGUGUUUCCUGGCAAGUCUUGGCCAGUGCCUCACCUCUAACGAGGAAGUACCAUCAAAGUCCCGAAAUCAAAUCCCAAUCUCCUUACCUUCCGUUUGGUUAUAUUAAUAUAAAAUGCUCAGAGCUCUUCCUUUGUAAAGCAAGUUUCAAAUUACAU